UAUACACGACUGUUGGGGGCGAAGAAAAGGCAGGAUUUCUUCUGGAGAAAUUCCAAAGUCUGAAGAGAAGAAAUAUUUUUAGCUCCAGAAAUAAAGACUUUGAGCAGAAGAUAAUGGCAGCGACUGAUGGUCAUGGAGUUGACAAAGUACUGAACUCGCUGACGGGUGAUCUGAAAGAAGCAAGUAUACGAGUACUUGCACCUGACGGGUGUUUUCUUGAAGUUGGGAAGUCUGAUUUGAUCAGCCGCUUGGACAAUCGGUGUUCCUUAAGAAUGCAAGUUUCUUAGGAAUCCAUCUAGACUUUCUACAUGAAAAGGGAGGGGUGGUAUGUGAACAGUUACAUAAACUAGUACAGACAGGCAUUGAACAAGGUGUCGUUAGGCCGUUAGACAGACAUGUCUUUCCAGCAACACAGGCAGAGGAAGCCUUUAGGUUGAUGACGAGCGGCAAACAUAGGGGAAAGAUUCUUCUUAAGAUGAAGGAUGACAUCGGAAUAUUAGACAAAAUACCAUUUCAAGCUAGGGUAAACUUUGACCCAAUGAAAUCGUAUAUUGUUACCGGUGGUCUUGGAGGAAUGGGCCUUGAAUUGGCAGACUGGCUAUCCAUUAGAGGUGCACGCCAUCUUGUUUUGACUUCCCGGUCAGGUGUUCGAACCGGGUACCAGAAGAGAAAGUUACAACAGAUGGAGGUACGAGGAACGAAAGUCGUUAUUGCUGCAAAUGACGUCUCGAAACUAGCAGAAGCAGAACACCUCAUUGCUAAACUGACAGUACCGCUUGGCGGAGUUUUCCACUUGGCAUUAGUACUAAAGGACGGUUCGUUUCUUGACCAAACACCUGAGUUCUUCAAACAAGUAUGUGACCCCAAAGUUGAAGGAGCAAAGAAUCUGGACAUAGUCACAAGACGAAGCUCAUCUGGUGUAAAUCACUUUGUUGUAUUUUCCACGCUCAUGAGUAAGAUUGGAUAUGAAGGGCUCUCAAACUACAGUUUUGCAAACUCGGCUAUGGAGAGAAUUAUUGAGUACAGACGACGUGACAAUCUUUCAGGUUUGGCCAUUCAGUACGGGUUAGUCGGAGACGUAGGAGUUUCCCAUCAGAGAUUGAAAGGACAGACGAAGGAGAUUGCUGGCACUACCUCUCAAACCAUUGCCUCAUGUUUGGAAGUGCUGGACCAUCUCUUACUGCAACAAGAACCUGUGGUGUCCAGCUUUGUGCUUGCGGAGAAGGCAGACGCAGGAACCUAUCCCACAAAUAUUUUCUCAAAACGGAUUUUUGACAUUCUAGGUAUGCAAAAAGACCAGCUGACUUCAACACAAACUCUUGAGAAUCUCGGACUUGAUUCAUUCAGUGCGUUGGAAGUAAAGCAACUCAUAGAAAGAAAACGUAGGAAAAUCUCUACCCAGCACGUGAGAGAUUUGACCGUGGCUGACAUUUUGGCAAUGGAUGAAUAGUGGACAACCGUCGGUUAUGGCACAGAGAAAGCUUAAAGACAUAACUAUUAUUCGAUAUCGUGUGAUGUCAUAGAAUGGAGGAAAACACUCUUGAGUUGGUACAUUAAUAAAUAAAGCCAUGGAUGAUAAAAGAACGGUAUUAUGACACAUUAUAUUCGAAAA